AACAGCUUUUUUGAGGGUUAAAAAAGAAUUAUUGUAUUUUACUGACCUAGAUGGCGCCACUAAUAUUAUUAUCCUGGGAAAUCGAAAGAACGCAAUUUUCGAUUUCGGGGAAUUCCCGCUUUUAGUUUAUACGUAGUGUUCUUACCAUAGAAUUAUAACCAAGCAAACUGUGCUUUUGUAACUAAAAUGAAGCCGUUCAGCAAGAGCGUGUUUUUUGCUUUGCUUAUUUUAACUCAGAAUGUGUUCAUUUUCUGCAAAGAUACGGGCAAGGAAGAAGAAAAAGAAUCCAUCUUGGAUUCUGUUGUGUCAGCAGUGACUGAUUCUGAUAAUAUUAAAUUUGGUAUUAAAACUGCAGCUGUUGCUGGCAUUGCCAUAGCUGGAGCUCCCGCUGUACUUGCAGCUGCUGGUUUCGGUGCAGGAGGUAUUGCAGCUGGAUCUCUUGCAGCUACUUAUCAGAGUACUAUGAUAGGAGGAAGCAUUCUUUCUGGAUCGACAUUUGCUGCUCUGCAGAGUGUAGGAGCUGCGGGUUUAGGAAUAGUUGGAAAAGCUACUAUUACAUGUGUAUCAGCAGCAGCGAUUAAAGCUUAUGAAGUUAUGUCUGGCAAAUCAGACAAAAAUAAGUGCAAUGAUAAUGAAAAUUGUUAACUUGUACUGAUUUAAAAAGCAUUUUGAUAUAAAAUGCAUUUAAAUAAAGGACAGAAAUGAUGAAAAUGA